CAGUCUGGGACCAAAUAGCCAGCCCUAAUGGAGUGAGUUCCAUCGUGCUACUGGCCACUUGGAACCUCAGAAAGCCAAUUAACUACUGGUUUACUAGGCCGAGAACGAUGUUGUCAAAACUGGAUCUUGCUGUGAUCCGAAUUAGUGAGAGGUUUAACCUUUAUUGGAUAGCAGGUACAAAACUGAUUUUAAAACCGAUGGUAUACAAACAAAAUUUCCAAAGAAAGUAAUAAUGACUUGAUACUAUAAAAAUUGGUAAUAAUUGAGAAUUAUCCCAUCUUUUUGCGCUUAUAGAAAAUUAUUCCAUCCGCAUAUUCAACAGAAAUUUUAAUAUCCUUUUCGAGGGUUGCUUGUUAUCGGAGGAAAAUAAAAAAUAGAAAUGAAAAGAUCUGAGACUGUUAGUCUGUCCUUAGGUAACCAAUUCAUAGAGCGGAAGCGGGAACGUAAGAGCAUCAAAUGUAGAAAAAUUCAAUAUUUAGGAUAUGAAGUAACAUAUUGUUUGGUAUAAAUGAAUUCUAUUAAGUUUUGAGGAAUUCAUUUUGAAAUGAAAUAUUUUUCAUAUUUGGUAUUAAAAAGAAUUCAUAUUCAAUUCUAAAUUUUGAAUUCUACGGAAUUGGAACUAGUUAUAGCAAUUCCGAGGAAUUGAGAUGGAAUUUCCAAAUGAAUUCCACAAGAAUUUACUAAUUAUAAUAGAAUGACUUGUUUAUCCUCUUUUAUUAACUAAAUUACUUAUACAUAUGACAUAACAAACACAAGAAUUCAUAAUGAAUUCUACACGACACUUAAUUUUAUUUCCAAAGAUUUGAAUAUAACAUACCGAACAUAGGAUUUCAUUUGACAAUAAAUUCUACAUGGUAAUUCAUUUUACAAUGAAAUGAAUUCUCGAUUCAUUUGGUACCAAACGGUCUAUAAGUAAUUAUUAGAUUUAUACCUUAAGUUUGAUAAUAGUAAAAAAAAAAAAAAUAGAAGUGAAAAUUCGGACAAGCAAAAACUUAAAACUAAAAAACCCAGCCCCAAUUCUUAUCUUAGCCCAUUCGCAAACAAGCCCACUCCUAAGCCCUAACCAAGUGGGCCAUUUUGAAAUCUCCACCUAGUAACCCUACGUCCCCACCAGAAAGAAACCCAUUCUCAAAAUAGUUAGGGAAGGGAAGCUGUGAAUCUGCUUCCUCUUCUCUUCAGUCUUCUCUCAAUCUCACAUACCCAAACCAGAGAGCCGUCCAACCAUCAUCCUACUUAUUCCCCGCCGUCUCCACCAAGCCCUCCGCCGCCUGCGCCACUAGAGCGACCAAAGAAUCCAGCGUCUCUCUCACCAGAAACAAGUUCCGGGCCGCCGCCGAGCAAAGAGUUGAAACGUCCCAGUUAUUUCAUGGAGGCUUCCCGUUUCAGAGCGCAAUAGAUAGAAAAAUGGAAAGCUCGGAUUCAAAAAUCACAUCUUCCCCGCCAGUACAACACGAGCCAGAACUCAAACGGUCGAAAAUGUCCACCACCACUACCUCCGACGAUGAAGAAACCGCCCCCACAACCGUUCCCGGCGGCGAUCCGGCCGACGCCGGGAUCAGGAAGCCGAGGUACAAGCGGCGGAAGGUAGCCAUAUUCUUCGCCUACUGCGGCGUGGGCUACCAAGGGAUGCAGAAAAACCCUGGCGCUAAAACCAUCGAAGGCGACCUCGAGGAAGCCCUUUUCCGCGCCGGCGCCGUACCCGAACAGGACCGCGGGUGUCCGAAGCGAUAUGACUGGGCUCGAUCGGCGCGGACUGAUAAGGGCGUGAGCGCAGUCGGGCAGGUCAUCUCUGGGCGGUUCUACAUCGAUCCUCCGGGGCUCGUGGAGCGGCUGAACUCGGAACUUCCCUCGCAGUUUCGGAUCUUCGGGCACAAGCGGGUGACUGCUUCGUUCAAUGCGAAGAAGUUCUGCGAUAGGAGGAGGUAUGUGUAUCUGAUCCCUGUUUUCGCCCUUGAUGAAUCCUCGCAUCGCGAUAGGGAGAGCGUGAUGGCUAGUUUAGGAUCUGGCUCUGAGCUUGUUAAGUGUCUCGGGUGUUCGGAGAGGGGGAGGAAGGUCAUUGGAGCUGUUGGUAAUAAGCGUGAUCUUCUACUGAAAGAAGGUAAUAGACCUGAAUUGCCUGCUGAAGAUGUUCUGUUGAAGGGAGGGAAUACUGAUAUAGAAUCUGAGAUGAAGGAGGAGACUGUGUGUUUAGAUGAUGGGGAUGCUGUGGCUUCUCAGUCAGACAUUUUGCUGGACGGUAGGGGAGAAACAAGUGAAAAAGACACUGAAGUGCCCGUUCAAGAUGUCAUGCUGACUGGAGGGAAUGCUAAAAUGGAAUCUGAGAUAAUAGAGAAGGCUUCAGUAUGUGUAGACAAUGGGAAUUCUGGUUAUGAUAAUGUAUCAUCAGAAGUAGUGGAGAAAGAAGCGGAUGCCAUUGCUGUGAUUGAUGUAGAUGAAACAGUGGCAAACGCGAAUGAGUUCUGUUAUGGGGAGGAAGAAAGGGAGAGGUUCAAUAGAAUAUUGGGUUACUAUGUAGGCAGUCAUAAUUUUCACAACUUCACAACCAGAAUCACGGCUGACGACCCUUCGGCUAGGCGCUACAUUGUUUCAUUCACUGCAAACACCGUGGUCACGGUUGAUGGAAUGGAUUUUGUGAAGUGUGAAGUCGUGGGGCAGAGCUUCAUGCUCCACCAGAUUCGCAAGAUGAUGGGGCUAGCUGUGGCAAUCAUGAGGAAUGCUGCACCUGAGUCCCUGAUAAAAACCGCAUUACAAAAGAUGGUUAGGCUUACCGUGCCGACAGCUCCUGAGGUGGGUUUAUACUUGGACGAGUGCUUCUUCACGUCGUAUAACCAGAAAUGGAAAGACACCCAUGAAGAAGUUUCGAUGAAGGAGUAUGAGGAAGAGGCUGAAGACUUCAAAAUGAAGCACAUAUAUCCGCACAUUGCAUCCAUGGAACACAAGGAAGGAGUUGUAGGCUUGUGGUUGCACUCUCUAAACCAUAGGAACUAUCCCGAUCUCUGUUAUAGCGAAAAGGGAGAUGCCAAAGAAGGAGCUGCUGAGGUGAAAAACGGAGAUCCCACAGAAGUUGCCAAAGAAGAAAGAGCUACUGAUGUGAAAAACGCAGAUACCACAGAAGUUUCCAAAGAAGAAGGAACUGCUGAUGUGAGCAAGGCCAAGUAAGUUUAGACGGAUGUUAUAGUAGUGUCUUGCUAUCUUUGCUUUCCAAAAAUAGCUUUCAGUUGUUUCUUGAGUUGGUUCAUUUAUACGGGAUCUUGAUGAUAGUGCCUGGGUAGGUUUUGGUUAAAUAUGGAGGUUAAGCAUUACUUGACUGUUGCUUUGGCAACUUGGUCAAAUUGUUGUGUUUUAGCUCCAGUUUCUGGAGGUACAUUCUGUGAAUUUUUCGAACAGUUCUCUAGUUGGAAUGAUCUUUUUGCCCAAAAGCCUGAGGGUGUCUUCAAUUUGGAAGAUAUUGUUACAGAACCAUUCCAUCCCUGGGCAGAUCGAGUUGGAGCUUUUACACCCCCCCCCCCCCCCCCCCCCCCCCCCCCCCCCCCUUUUCUUUUGUGUCGGCGCAAUGGAGUUGUGGGUGGUUCUUAGUUGGUAUAUACGAUGCUUCUGUUGGCAAGAGGUAAGCUCGUGUGAAUUGUGAUGCACGGGAAUUGCUGCAACCUAGCCCCCAGCUUUGCUUAAGAACCGAGUACCUAGAGCCAUUGACUUGAUUCUGGCUUUGCAGCUCGGCCAACAUCCAAGUAACAAUUCUACGGAAUAAUCUUUGGCGACUGGCUGACAGUACUGCAGCUGCAACGUGUAAGAUGACAGCACUCUCGCCUUUCUGUACAAUUGUAGGAACCAUGAAAAGGGAUAUUUAUACAAGAGGAUGCAUGUGUGAUGAACUGUACACAGCGAUGUUGUACUAUACCGCAACAAAGCUAAAAGGAUCAA